UAUAGGCUUGGGGCAUCAUAUUUUCAUUUUCUCUAGUGUUAUUUUAUCCAAAAAUUAAUUGAAUGGUAAUCUGGAACUCUGAUAUGGGUUACCAUUCAAGUUUUGUUGAAGAGGAAGGAGUUCGCAAAGCUUGUGGAUGUCCUUUACUACCUCUGAAAAGCCACAGAAAUGAACCAGAUUCUGAUGCAGAACAAGAAGAUGCAACAUCAGAUAUCGUGGAUGAAGCAAUCACAUUCUUUCGGGCAAAUGUCUUCUUCAAGAACUUUGAUUAUAAAAGCUCGGCUGAUAAACUUCUCAUCUAUUUGACUUUGUAUAUCAAUUUGGCUUUGAAGAGGCUAGAAGGUUGCAGAACGUUAGCUGAAGGGAAGAAGUCAAUAAUUAACCUUGGUCUGGAAAAGAUUGUAAUACCAGGGGAGGCAGGUUUUCCAUUUCCAGGCUUAUUUGCUUCACCAAAGUCUCAACAAGAAGCAGACUUGAUUGCUUUGGCUGGUCUUCAAGAAUCUUCCUCUAGAAAUACUCAAUUGGAAUUGAAUGUAAAGUACUAUCAUGCAGAAGGAGACCUUCCUCCUGAUCCAACUUUGUAUUGGCAAUUAGUUGGGAGCCUAAAUUAUCUUACUAUUACUUGGCCUGAUAUCUAUUUUGCUAUUCAACAAGUAAGCCAAUUUAUGGAGGCUCCACGUUAUCUACAUUUGGUGGUUGUCCGCCGCAUUAUUCAACAUCUCUCGGGAAGAUCUACUUGUGGAUUAUUCUUUCCUAGUGCUUCUGAGAUUCAGCUGAAUGCAUUUAGUGAUUCUGAUUGGGCUGGAUGUCCUGAUACUCGACUCUCUAUCAUCGAUUGGUGCAUGUUUCUUGGAGAUUCGUUGAUAUCUUGGAAGUGCAAGAAGAAAUAUCGUGUAUCAAAAUCUUCCACCGAAUCUGAAUAUCGAGCAAUGUCUACUACUUUCUCUGAGAUUGUUUGGCUUUGUGUUUUACUAUUAGAAAUUGGUAUUCCUUGAUCAAAUUCCACUCCUCUCCAUGCUGACAACACAAGUUCUAUUCAAAUUGCUAUUAAUCCAGUUUAUCAUGAAAGGACCAAACACAUUGAAGUGAAUUGUCAUUAUAUCUGAGAAGUUGUAGACAAGAGAUUCAUUACUCUUCCACAUGUAUCGAGUGAUCAUUAAAUAGAUGAUGUGUUUACAAAGUAUAUGGCACGACAACGUCAUCAUGUUCUGGUAGGCAAAUUGAUACUUUUUGAUUCACUGAAAUCAAUUUUAGGGGGGAUGUUAGCAUGAUUGGAUAUAUUCUAAAUACUUUUACAUAUCUAUGUUGUAACUCUAAAUAUUUGUAUAAUGAUAAUAAGAGAUGGCAUAGAUUAAUGUAACAUAUAUUUCAGAGAUAGUACAAUUAGUAGCAUACAUUUAGGGAUGUA